AUCAGGUAAGAUCCAUUAACAAGCAUUGUUGCAGUUUCCAAACGGUCUCCGUUGCGAUCGGUUAUAUUGCAGAAGUGUUCAAGAAAUGACGCUGAUUUUCGCUCAGUAACUUACUCAGGUGAACAAAAUACUGCUCUGUCGCGUGAAGUAAGUAGCUUUGGAACCGGGUUUAUGUGAAGGAAUAGUAGUGAGGUACCAAUAAUGCAAAGCAAACUGUUUAUGUUUGUUACGCUUAUCUUGGGAAAUGUUCAUGGCUUCAAUGGAGUACCAGCAAACAAUUAUAAUAGUAAAAAAAGGGACAGCGUAUCCGAUUCGCCUAUGCAAUUAAAUGAGCAUGUUGCUGAUUUAGUGACACAAUCUAGUGUAGAUGGUUCGACGUUGUACACGAGAUCUCUUCAUCCUUUAAAUCAACAUGUAUAUAUAACCUCUUCAAUACUUGGAAAGCAAGAACCCGUCGAAACAGAAUCUGCCGCUGCCUCGGAAGGCUUUUACCCAACAUUUUUACGUAAUUCACGGCAUUAUUUUCAACAUUCUGAUAAUGAACGAUUUAAACCAACUUCAACUGAACGAGUUAAAUUUAACGAACAAUCCAUUCUGGGCUCUGGUGAUUUCGGAGUUCUUAAAGGAGGAACUUUUUAUCAAGAGAGUGAUCCUCCACUCCGAUCGUUCAGCGAUUUCUACAAACUUAGCCUGAAAAGUCAUAAUGGCCAUCAGCGUCCAUUUGCAUUGCAGAAAAUACGUUAUCCGACAGACACAUCUGAUCCUUUUUCAAACUUUCGUGAUUUUGCAGAUAUAAACGAAUCCACCGACAGGACACAAUUUUCGGAAGUACACGAAAUAUAUUCUAGGUUCAACAGUAUGUCUAUGGAUAGAAAUAUAUACAGUACAAAACCUAUAAACAACAUUAAGGACCAACUUGAUCUCAUUGAUAAGGAGCUUGAAACAGCGAAAAAUUUGUCAAAAUUGUCCAAAGUGAAAUCGAAACUUACCAAAAUGAAUAACACAAAUAAAAACAUGAUAAGCAAAUGACAUUAAUUUCUUCAUUGAAAAAGGGAUAACCGCGCCGUAUCAGAAUUAGAAAAAAAUGUAUGAUACCUACACCGCUGGUGCAAUUUUAUGAAAUAUAAAAGAAGAGGCUACAC